GCAAGCAGUUUUUGGACGUUUGAGUUGCAGUGCAUCAUGGGAUAAAUAUUUGGGGUCCGGACUUAAUUCUUAUGUAUUUGUACAUCUAUACACAUCAGAAUGAUAAGGAGUGUCUCCAACAACGUACCUAUAGGCAAUUUGUGGACGCUACGGUCCUGAUUUCAAUUUUUUUGUCCCAGGACUAGUUGUGAGCAAAAAAUUCAGACAUCGCAUGCGUCUGAAUUAGACAAUGAAGGAGACCUUCAGUACCAAAGGGCUCUGACCAUGCUUCGGUUUUUCACGCGCCGGGUGUUAGAAUGUGUUGAUGAACAAGGGUCAAGGGAAGCGGGGACUUGGAAGGACGGGAGCUAUAAAGUAAUUCGUUGACGGUCCCUAAAUCAGCGGUGAGCGAGCGUCUACGAGGCUGUGGAAUUGAUCUGGACGUCUUUCGACCACCUUAGGCCGGCUAGCGGUGACAUCGGGGUUGUUGCCGGCGGCGAUGGCGGGCAGUAGGAGGACGUGAGCGUCCGGCGCCAUGCAGCGGGAGGCGAGCCGGGAGCUGCGGCUGCCGGGCCUGGGCCCCCACGGACGGCACUACGCGUGCGGCUCCUGCGCCUCCUUCGCCAACAUCGUGGUCACCUUCCCCCUGCAGAAGGUCCUCUUCCGCCAGCAGCUGUACGGCGUGCGGCUAAGCGAGGCGCUGUGGCAGCUGAGGCGGGACGGCCUGCGGAAUCUGUACCGGGGCCUGCUGCCCCCGCUGCUGCAGAGGACCGCCACCACGGCGCUCAUGUUCGGCCUCUACGAGGACGCCUCGCGGCUCCUGCUCCAGCGUGCCGGCGGACCCGAGGUUCUGACCCGCGGCGCUGCCGCCGUGCUGGCGGGGAUGGCCGAGGCGGCCCUCACCCCCUUCGAGAGGGUCCAGACCCUCCUGCAAGACCACCGGCACCACAGCCGUUUUAACAACACUUUCCACACCUUCCGCGUGCUGGUGCAGGAGCACGGCGUCCGCGAAUGCUACCGCGGCCUGGUGCCGAUCCUGCUGCGUAACGGCCCCAGCAAUGCCCUCUUCUUCACCCUCCGGGGCCCCAUCAAACAGAGGCUCCCUGCGGCCCGGGGCCACGCCGGCCACCUCCUCAAUGACUUCAUCUGCGGGGGUCUGCUGGGAGCCAUGUUGGGUGUCUUUUUCUUCCCACUGAAUGUCCUGAAGACGCGGCUGCAGUCGCAGGUGGGGGGUGACUUCCUGUCCUCACGCCAGGUGCUGCGUACCAUCUGGACGGAGCGGGGCGGCAAGGUGACGCACCUCUUCCGGGGGGUGCACCUGAAUUGUCACCGCUCCGUCCUGUCCUGGGGCAUCAUCAAUGCCACUUAUGAGCUCCUUCUGAAGCUGAUGUGAUGAGAUGGAGCCAGACUGACGAUUUGGAAACUGUGGAUCCAUGUUGUACAUCUUUCUUUUGGGACUUGUCAAUCUUAUCUUCGGGUGAUUCUGCUGGAGGCUUAGAAUCAAAGUGAAAGAGAUGACUGGGUGUACUGGGAAUGGAGGAGACUUCGUAGAACAUUGAACUGUAGGCUUGUUUUGAAGACCAAUGUUAAGUUGACGUGUGAAGUUUGGGACUUGUGGGAACUUAAGUGAAGACCAGAUUAUUUGGGUCAUCUGGUGUCCUCAUCUUCGUCGUUCACUCGCUUUGACAAUAAUCAAUACGCCGUUUUUGUUUGUUUGACCUUUUGAGUUGUUUCUGUAGCGGUGUCUAAUUUUUUUGUGACAUUUCUUAUUUAGAAGUGCAGGUUUUUAUUCAAUCGCUACUUUUUUGUGAUAAAGAAAAGCAUUAAAGCUCACAAUAAAAACAGAACCUCUGAACGGGA